AUGUCUGUGGGAACCAAUGGUGCCAGGCGUUUUGCAACGCUGUUGAGACCGUCAACAUUUGAUUCUGCUGUGUGCAGAAGCUGUCAAGAAACGCUCAGUCGCCGCGGAUAUGCCACUGCUGCUGAGCCCGCAGCUCAAGCUCCAGCGACACCUCAGACCACACCAUCAGACACCGAAAGUAGUUCGCCCACCUUAACACCCAAAUACGACAUCAAAGCCGGAAUCGUCCUCUCCCGCCCGCCCCGCCUAACCCGCGAACUCACCUCAUUCGAGAAAGCGUUCUACUUCUACCAACGCCGUCUAAACGACCGUCUUGCACUGCCCUUUACGAAAUACUUUUAUUUUAAGCGUGACACACCCGCAGACGUCGAUUGGAAGCGCAAGAUCAAAGAGCGGCUGACGCCCUCGAGAGAUAUCGGGCGGUACAAUGCGUAUUCGAGUGAGGCAUGGAAUGACGAGUUGCUUGUUGGCUCCGUGGAGUCGGAGCCGGAGCACCAGAUCAAUGCACUGGUGAAGGACGCGGAGGGAAGAGCUGUUACCGAUACGGAUGAAAAGGAGGGGAAAAAAGAUGAAGUUCCGCGGCCGCUUCCGAGGGUUACGGAGGCGGAUGAGAAAGGGGAUCAUAGAAGCUUGGAUCGGCUGUUGCAUCGGACGUUGUAUUUGUUGGUGCAGGUCAAGAAUGGGGAGAAGGCAUUCUGGAUGUUUCCGAGUGUGAAGCUGCAGGAGAAGGAGAGUUUGAGAAUGGGAGCGGAACGUGCGCUCUUGGAUUCCGCCGGCCCUAACAUGAAUACCUGGAUGGUUGGCUACCACCCGAUCGGCCACUACGUCUACAACCUCCGCAAACCGAAACGUGAUCCAGAAGCGGGGACUGAAUUUCGCGGCGAAAAAAUCUUCUUCCUUAAGGGGAGAAUCAUGGCCGGCCAGGCAGACCUGUUGAAAAAUACCCUGGGCGUUGUCGAUUUCAAGUGGUUGGCCAAGGAUGAGAUUCAAAAGUGA